AUGGAGUCUUUGCUGAGGAAUCUCAAAGAACACGUUACUUGUUCAAUAUGUCUGGAUACUUUUACCGAUCCCAAGACAAUAACCUGCCUCCACACAUUCUGCUGUGAGUGUUUAAAGAAUCAUGCACUGACCAGCCAAAGAAAUGGAAAGUUUCACUGCCCCGAGUGUCAAGCCGAAGUCGAUCUUCCCGAAGCAAACAGUUUUGAUAAACUACCGACCAGUUUUCAUCAUAAUAGUCUACUCAGUGUUCUCGCCAUCCGACAGAGCGGCAAAGGAAAUGACAUCAGUUGUGGCAUUUGCAAGAAAAAGAGCGCAGAGAUAAGUUACUGCUUCGAAUGCGCUAAAUUCAUGUGCAUUGACUGUGUAAACGCACAUCAACUGUUUAGUCACUUUACAGAGGGACACAAGGUGACGCCAGUCAAACAGUUCCAAUCUCAAGACUACGAAGCCCUGAUAAAGAGGCAGUCAUUUUGUUCUGUGCAAUAUCACGAGCGAGAAAUAACAAGGUUUUUCUGCCUCAAAUGCAAGCUGUGUGUUUGUCAGAUAUGCAUCGCUACGGAUCACAAGGCACACGAGGGCCAUGACGUGGAACUGCUGGACAAAGUGGCAGACGGCGAAAAAACGUAUAUCCUGAUGAAAACCGAGGAAUUAAAAGCAAAAACAAAUGUCCUAAGCGGUGCAAUUCGUCUAUGUGAACAAACAGCAUCUGAGCUGGAAAAAAAUGUCACUAACGCUAAACGUGAAGUUUCCCAAAAAGCUGAACAGAUGAUCGCCAAGAUUCGAGAAAACGAACGGCAAAUUAUUACCGCCUUCGAGAACACACGCGUGUUAAAGGCGGAUAAGUUAGACUCUGCAAAGGCACAAGUGCAAUCCUUGCUGAAGCAAAUCAACCAAGCAAUCGAGUUUGCUGAAAAUCUGAUUCAAAGAAGCUCUAGCUCAGAUAUAAUGCAAAGCAAGAAUUAUCUAGAAAAACGAUUUGAACAGCUUGAAAACACAACGAUCGCAGAACUUCCUGUCAAUUCAUUCCUGAAGUUUUAUCCAACUAAAGAAAUACAGAAUCGUACACUCGGUUACAUUGCAACAAGUGAACCAGUUGUAGGACUAACAAAAGAUUUCCAAGCCGGUGUUGAAUCAGAGUUUGAAGUUCACCCACAAAUACUUGGAGAACAAGUGCGUGAAGUGAAAGUAUUUGUGGAACCCGCUGAUAAAGUAGGAAUUUUGACGACUUACGAACAAGAUGGAGAUUACAAGGUGAAGUUCACACCUAAAGUUCCAGGCAUCUUUAACAUCAUAAUAAAGGUAAAUGGCAAGGAGCUUGAAGGAAGUCCUUAUAUUGUCCAAGUAAAACAACGGCUCAUUCAAGUUGUGGGAGAGUUAAAAGUAAAAGGAGAAACUCUUAGAGAGCCAUUUGGAAUUUCCCUAAACAGCAAAGGAGAAACCACUGUUGUUGACAGUGAUAAAAACUGUAUCCUGAUAAUUGACAAAGAAGGAAAUUGUGUAAGAAAAGUGGGUUGUUAUGGAAACAAUGCUGGACAGCUAAAAAGCCCACUUGACGUCACAUACUUAAAUGAUGAUAACAUUAUAGUGGCGGAUCAAUUAAAUCAUCGCAUUCAACAAUUCAAUGUUCAAACAGGGAACCAUGUGAGAAGCUGUGGGAAGGAAGGGACAAAGAAUGGCGAGUUUCAGAAUCCACUCGGUGUUUGUGUGGAUGAUAAAGGACGUGUUAUCGUGGCUGACUGCCGUAACAACAGAGUCCAAGUUUUAUCACAGGAUGGUGUACUUUUGUUUCAAUUUGGUGAGAGUGGGCCAGAAAAACUUAAUAAACCCUCUCAAUGUACUUACUACAAAAACAAGUUCAUUGUCUCUGACAGGGAUAAUCAUUGCCUGAAGGUUUAUGACGAUUCAGGGAAGUUUUUGUACAAAAUAGGAGAACCAGGCAAGAGUGAUGGACAGUUGAAGCAACCAUGGGGAUUGUGUGUUCAGAAAUGUGGCGAUCAGUGUAAUCUUCUUGUAUGUAAUAGAGGCAAUCGCCGUGUUGACCAGUUUACAUUGGAGGGUUGUUUCACUGGAAAAACUAUUGAUUCCUUACAAGACCCCAGAGGAAUAACUACAACACCGGAUGGACUUAUUUUAGUUACUGACUAUAAGACCAAAAAAAUUCACAUUCUUAAAUAA